AUGUUUCUGUCUUGGAAGACCAUGUCCAAGUCGCUGAAGAAGAUCGUGGAGGAGAGCAGGGAGAAGAACCAGCCCGAGGUGGACAUGUGCGACCGCGGCAUCUCCAACAUGCUGGACGUGCCCGGCCUCUUUACAUUGUCUCAUAUCACACAGCUGGUUCUGAGUCACAACAAGCUUACAACUGUGCCAGCAAACAUCGCAGACCUGAGAAACAUAGAAGUGCUCAACUUUUUCAACAACCAGAUUGAGGAGCUGCCUACACAGAUUAGCAGCCUUCAGAAGCUCAAACACCUGAAUCUUGGCAUGAACAGGUUAAACACCUUGCCAAGGGGAUUUGGCUCUUUACCAGCUCUGGAGGUUCUUGACUUAACAUACAACAACUUAAAUGAAAAUUCUCUACCAGGAAACUUCUUCUAUCUGACCACGCUGCGUGCACUCUAUCUAAGUGACAACGAUUUUGAAAUCCUGCCGCCAGAUAUUGGGAAGCUCACAAAGUUGCAGAUACUGAGUCUUAGAGACAAUGACCUGAUAUCACUGCCUAAAGAAAUUGGUGAGCUCACUCAGCUUAAAGAACUUCAUAUCCAGGGAAAUCGUCUUACUGUGCUGCCCCCAGAAUUAGGUAAUUUGGAUUUGACUGGUCAAAAGCAAGUCUUCAAAGCAGAGAACAAUCCUUGGGUUACCCCUAUUGCUGACCAGUUCCAGCUGGGAGUAUCUCAUGUUUUUGAAUACAUUCGUUCAGAAACAUAUAAAUAUCUUUAUGGCAGACACAUGCAGGCAAAUCCUGAACCUCCAAAGAAGAACAAUGACAAGUCAAAGAAGAUCAGCCGUAAGCCUCUGGCAGCCAAGAACAAAUAAGUCCCUGGCUUCUGCCUCUGUUUUUGUAUCUUUUACAUUGCUUUUGCAUGUGCCUAUAAUAUUCCUACGCAUCUCCUGUUACUCAUAAGAAAGCAGACACUAGAAGUAAAAGCAAUUUACUAUGUAUACUGCUUUAGAAGAUACUGCUUAAGGAAUACAAAAUUACAUAUUCUCCUACUUGUGGUCACAUUUAUGUAGCCAUUUAAUAUAUCACUGUCAAACACAUUUUAGCUUUUGUAUUUAUAUGUAUAUUAAUGUCCUCUCUUCACAUGUAUCACGUCCUGUUAAUAUCAGCGGGUUUGCACCUAUAUUAUACAAUAUUAAAUUUCAUAUAAUAUUCCAAGUGAUUUUAAUAAAGGUCUUUAUUUGUAUUGUGUUUCAAUUUCU